AUGACUUCACAACAGGGUGAGCAGGCGCACAAGGUCAUUUUGGUUGGCAUUGGAGGCGCAUCUUGUUCCGGAAAGACAACCGUCGCCAAACUCCUCCGUAACAUUAUCCCAAACAGUGUCGUUAUUCAUCAGGAUGAUUUUGCACCCCCUUACGAAACCAUUCCGUAUCAUCCUAUCCACAAGGUCCAAGACUGGGACAGCGCACCGACUGCUAUAGACUGGCCUAAACUUCGAGAGUUCGUUAAGCAAGUAAAGCAGACAGGCGAACUCCCUCCCGAACACAAGAGUGCCGACCACCUCAACAAGCAGACAGAACUGCCCAUAUGCAAAGAAAGUGAAGCGCACUGGAAAGAAGUUUUUGGCCGCCUUGCUGAGAAAUCUGGUGAUAAAGUCGUAUGGGCCCUCGUCGAUGGCUUCCUCUUGUAUUGGGACCCUGUCGUUGUCGAGCAUUUGGAUCUCAAAGUGUUCCUCAGGACGCCGCACGAUGUGCUCAAGGAACGUCGAGAAAACCGCGCAACUUACGUCACAACUGAGGCUGAAACGUGGACCGAUGCCCCCAACUACUGGGAGAAUAUUGUCUGGCCCGCCUAUGUUGACGGCCAUAAAGGCAUCUUCAUGAAUGAUGAUGUCGAGCACGGAAAACCUAGGGAAGACAUAGUGCCCGGUUUACUGCUGAUAGAAGCUCAGGAACACACAAUGGAUGAUAUCGUCUCAAUGUGUUGCAAGCACUUUGUAGACUAUGCGGAGCGGUCGUAA